AUGGGAAUGUGUGUUUUGUUGAUCUUGUUAAAUAGGGUUAGUGGAGCUCCUGGAGUAUCUAUAGGCUUACAGCCGACUUGGAAAACUUCGGGUAGGAUGAUUAAGACCCUGAAAUCACUUGGCUUUAUGUUUAAUCAGCACAACUCAACUGUACAAGUUGCGAGGUACACUUCUAGAGGUUCUAGUACUGGUAUCCCAACACUAGAUCUGUCUUAUCCAAUCCUCUUAUGCACUCCUCGAUGGCAGGUAAAGUGUGAUUUUGAGCGUCUCUCCUUUAUACUUCCGAAUUAUGCGGAUGCAACAACGGCCAAGACGGCUUUGACUGAUUUAAGAACGAUUGCUGUUGUUAAAGUGAAGUACGCAUGUGUUUUUUAUCAAACACCCAAUAUAAACUGCCAGAAAGAAAGUAUGAAAAUCUUAUCUCGGGUUAUUAACAUGAUUGAUUGUUGUUAUUUGGAGCUGCGCUUUAAUGACUCUUUGUUAAAGGAAGUAGACCCAGCCGUCUCAUAUUUGACUGAGUGUCGGUCAGAAGCACGUAACACAGUCCUGCAUGCGAAUUAUGAAUCGAAAUGUCAACUUAAUGUGGCCAUUCAAUUGGUGAGUACUCUUACAAGAUUGAUAGAUAGCGAAGUUGUUUUGCAACGGCCUUUAGCAUCAGUUUACUUGAUGGGCGAUGAAUUUAAAAGCAUCCAUCUUCUUAACCAACUACCACUAGUAGAUAACUACGCUAUUUACCUUUCGCAGUUACCUGCUGUAGCUAACAUUGAUUUUGGGUUUCUUCAAUCGUCGUCUUCCAAAUGUGGCCGAAUCAGUCUUAUUAACAACCAAGGGGUAAAACUAACGCUAACUGGUCUUGAUAAUGCUAUGAACAAACAUCCAGAAAUAGCCUUGAAUGUUAGCUGGGAAACUCUUCUGGAUCUGAUUGAGAAUGACAACCCUGUAAUCCGAGUCCAUACUAUUUCGGUUGUUUGUGUUGAGCCGGAUUCUAUCGAGCUAAUGGCUCAACCCCUACCCAGCCAACCGAUAGCCGAUUCUUGGCUUGUUGCCACCACUAUUGCUCUUGAACUUGCCACCACUAUACCUUGCCGGCCUCUGAAAGAUUACAAGAAAAUCUACACUCCAGCGGCUCUUGCCAAGUACGGCAUCGCAAUCACAACAACUGAGAUUAGUUAUAAAGAGGACCGAAAUGACCUACAAAACACGCUGAACGUUUUUGACAAUAUAAAUGCUUGGUCGAUAGGAGUAAGCAUAGAUGCUCAGGCGAAUGAUAUCAUAUGCUGUGGUGAAGGCCUGAACAUUCCUGAAUGGAUGCCUCAAGAGAAAUUACACAUUCAACUCAGCCACAACCGCCUAUCCCAUAUGCUCACGGGUUACCAAAACGCUGGUUACGUAAGCUUUUGCCAGAACAUACGCUAUACUGAUAUCUUAAUUGUUGGUUAUACAGCCCCGCGUAUUGGCAGCACUGAUAAGUGCAUCGAUCUUUUAGAUUUAUUCCAGAAUAUCACGGCUCAAAGCCUUACGAUCCAAAAUGUUCGCGAUAAGAAACAAAAGACCACCGAAUUUGACCCAAACAGUCUGCAGGCCGAACUUGCAACAAAACCUAAGUAUCUUCUCAAUGUUGAAACUUUAACGCUAAAUAGUGUUGAUGUUAAAAUCAUCUACUGGAUGUUGGGACAUUACGAUUUAACCUGCCUGAGAAAAGUCUACAUUAAAAACCAGAACUUCACCAAUCUGGCCAUCGCCCAGUUCCUUUCUCAUCCCGCUGCCUUCCACAUCAAAUGUUUAGUACUUGAUGAUUUCCUUGGUCUAAGUGAAAUUCAAAACUACAAGAAACAAGAGCCGCUCAAUAGCUUCUCGCUGUUUACUUACGUAGAACAAGCCCUGCAAAACGGCAAGACUCUCAAGGAUCUUGCUUUGAACAAACUGCUCUUGCAACCGGCUAACGUUGAUUACACUUUGCAUAGUGAGGUAUUGUCUGUUCUUUGGGGCUAUGGUAUUCAAUUUGUAAGUCUACCAUUCAGCAGCUACAUCAAAGGUGCCCCAGCUCGGUCUAGCCUAGCUAACACAAUGACUAUGGAGAAGCUUACCCUUUAUAACGCCACGCUGGAUGUCUUAGCAUCUGAUUUCACUAGGUUUCAAUCCAUUGCUCAGUCCAAGCUAUAUUCGGCCCAAAGAACCUCUGUUGAGAAUCUGCACAUAUGCUUCAGCAAUACCAGCAUAUUAGCUGUGGAUGUUUUAGUGACUAUUAUUCGCUGGGUGGCUUAUCAAUUCAAGGAUCUAGUCUCAUUACGAUUGAAAGGUGUUAAGAUAUCAAAAGCUGGACAAAGGUUGAUGACUUCACGAGAUUACAUCAUUGCUGGUCUUGAGUCACUCAAUAGCAUUCAACUGGAUGGAGAAAAUCCACGUAGUCGUCCAAUUGAGCUGUUAACCCGGCCAUAUCGCAUUAGUCCGGUUGUGCUGGUCUCCCAACCCAAACCUGCAUUCAUUGUGAUGAAAUCUCACAUAGCAUCACAGCUUAUUGAUCACCUUGAUAACCUUGAUAAACUCUUCCCCGCAUCCGAUAUCCCUAACACAGUGCCACAAAUAAUCCUAAGGAACCUCAAAGAUACAAAUCCCACUAUCACCUGUUCAAUCUGCUAUCGACAACUUAAUCUGCUAAGAGAAGAAAAGAAUACCAACCCCGACUCUAAGAACUCCAAUCCAACGGUCAAACCCAACGACUAUUUUACGACCAUUUGCUAUACCAAAUGUGGACAUUCUUUCUGCAAUGAUUGCAUAGUUGAUGCCCAGAAAUGUGUAGGUAAAAAGUGUUCUUAUUGUCGAAGUGCAUAUGUAACCGAUGAUAUUCAACGGCUUAUAAGUCUUCCUCAAUCUAGCUUUAUUGUUACUAAGGGCAGUCUCCAUUUAUCUGCUACCGAACACCAACAAAUACAUAAUCUGGCCGGGUUUAAUGGUCAAGUUUAUGUGUACGUCGCCGACCGGUACCCAACCAACCUUGCCGAUGACCUCGCCAUCAAAGUCACCAGUAGCACCUUCCGCAAUAUCUACAUCAUUUGA